ACUGUACCGCUCGUGUGUUCAUGACAAACCGCGGCGUUUGAAAACGAUCGAACGCGUCUCACCAAUAUUUUAACGAGUGACACGAGAGGGCGACCUCUCUCAGCCGACAAGAUUGCUUCUCAAGUGGAAAUGCCGUCGAGCCUGUUCGGCGAGCUGGGCGGCGGCGGGCUGGUGGAGGACCAGAGCGCUUUCCGUUUGGCGCUGGAGCUGAGCAUGCUGAGCCUGGGCGAGCCGAUGCCGACGACAAACCCCCUAGCGAGCCCCAUCGGGUUCGCACCGCCGCCCGACGACCGCGCCAAGAAGUCCCAGAAUAUGACGGAGUGCGUGCCGGUGCCCUCCUCGGAGCACGUCGCAGAGAUCGUCGGCAGACAAGGUUGCAAGAUCAAGGCCCUGCGCGCGAAGACCAACACGUAUAUUAAGACGCCGGUUCGGGGCGAGGAGCCUGUGUUUGUGGUGACGGGCCGCAAGGAAGACGUGGCGCGCGCCAAGCGCGAAAUCCUCUCUGCCGCCGAGCACUUCUCGCAGAUACGUGCCUCGCGCAAAUGCGGCGCCGCGCCCCCGCCGCCCGCCGGUGCGCCCGGACACGUGACCGCGCAAGUGCGCGUACCCUACCGUGUCGUCGGCCUCGUCGUUGGCCCCAAGGGUGCCACCAUCAAGCGCAUUCAGCACACGACGCACACUUACAUAGUGACGCCGUCGCGCGAGCGCGAGCCCGUGUUCGAGGUGACCGGCCUGCCUGAGAGCGUGGAAGCGGCACGUAAGGAAAUCGAGGCGCACAUCGCGCUGCGCACAGGCGCAGCGGGAGCAGCGGCGGGCGGCACUCCGCCCGGCGACACGGAGCCGCUGGCGCAGCUGUACCGCGCCGGGCUCGCUUCGCUGCUGCGCCCCGAGCCGGAGGCCGCCUUCUCCUCGGCGGGCUCGUGCUCCUCGAGCGGGUCUUCAGCGCGACUUGGCGAUCUUCUGGGCAUCUGGUCUUCGACGGAGCGCGACGAGGGGCUGGGCGAGUCGCCGUCGUUUGAGUCGCCGGGCGCGGGAGGCGUGUGGGCGUGGGGUCCGCCGAGGCCUUCGCCCGCUGCGUCACCUGCGCGUGCAUGCGCUGUAUGCGGCGAGCGCGGCGUGGCGGCGGCGCUAGUGCCGUGCGGGCACAACCUGUACUGCUAUGAGUGCGCGCAGCGGCUGGCGGCCACCGCGUCGCCAUGCCCCGCCUGUGCUGCGCCCGCGCACCAAGCCAUCCGCAUACUGUCGUAAGCCGUCGCGCCCCGCCGGCACGGAUGCACCCUUUUUUACUUAAAUCGUUACGGAAUUUAAAAUGUAUAAGUCGCGUAAUCGAAAUCCUGGUGCCAAAAGUCGGCGCCCGCCGGCACGGCCCGUCCGCCGCGCCGCACCUAACGUAAGUCGGCAGAGUUACUCACGAUAUAUUUUCUUAUUAUGAACGUUUUUUAUUGGGUCGUCGAGCCGCCGAGCUCGUCGCCGCAGACUCGAGGUACGUUACGAUAGAAUUUCGAAAAAAAAAUGCAUAAAAGUUAAAUAAAAAAAGUUGUAUAAUUAUUAUUGAUAGCGUAAAGAAAUCGAAAUUUAUAAAGCUUACCUAACGUAGUAGCGUAAAGUAUUAAGGUAUCGUAAUAUUAUAGGCGAGGGACGGGCGGCGCGGGGAGUGCGCGUCGCGGCGCAAUCCGCCUGGCGGCCACGCGACUAGCUAAUGUUUGUAGGAAAUGUGCCGUGCGCCGCGCCGUGCCGCGCAGUGCCGUGCGCCGUGCGC